UAUUUAGGAGAGUGGAUUUGCUUGUAUUUUGCAAAUAGCACAGCCCAUUGUUUUGCGGCCUUGAAGGCGAUUAUCCACCACAGUCUGCCAGUUGGAGAACUUUUUCUUCCCUUGUCCUAUGACUGCUGCCCAGCCCAUUUGUUCAUUUGACAAUAAUACACUGCUCGUCAAACAUAGUGGGACCUGUUGCUGUUAAUCAAGAGAGUCCCAUGGAUGACCGAAAACGCGUGUUGCCGGUCAAGUCUGAGGUGGACGCUCCUCCAUCGAAGCGUCAAGCCACAGACACAAAUAUUUCGCCUGCAAGCAGCAAUGGACACAGUUUGCCGUUGACCCAGGAAGAUGUCGUGAAUUUUCAAAAAGAGGCCAUAUUCAGGCAAAUGCAGGUGUACAGACGCGAGCGCGAUCAGCUUCAGAACAGGAUAAACGAAGUCGAGCAGCGCUCUGCUUAUCAUGAUGAUCAUAUCCGACUGCUCGAAGGCUGGUGGGAUCAGCUAUUGAAUGAAAUAAAUAUCCUCUUUGCCAAACCGGUCAAUGACUCGUCUGACAACAUUGUCCCCAAGUCUCUGCUGCUGUCAAAUCACGAAGAAUACUCGCAACAUCUGACGAGUAAGCGGAAUCUCAUUCUACAGACUCUGACGCCCAUUUUCGCAAGCAUGCAGCCUGCCACACCAGAAGCCAUGGAUGUCAAGAAUCUACAGUCACAGUUGAGCGAUUUUGCUGCGCAGAUAUCUGUGGUUAAGAUCGAAAACGAGCGAUUGAAGGAUGAGCGGGAGGACUUGGAGCAACGGUUAACGGCUGCGACUUUUAAAUUCAUGUCUGCAGAGAAGAAGAUGGAUAGACUAAAGAGUUCCACACUAGCAAAGAUCGAGCGUACUACAGCACCAGUCCAGGUCAAGAAAGAGGAACCAGUCGAGGAGAAAGCCGAGGCCGAAAAGAAGCCAUCGGCAGAAAUAGAUGAGGAGAUGAUAAAGAAGAUCAAGCAGGAAUCGGACGCCAUUAUACAGAAACAGUCUGAGGAGAUGAAAGCCUUACAUGCCAAGGUGUUGAGCUUACAGGACGAACUGGCAAAACUCGACUUGAAAUUCUCAAAAUUGACAGAGGCUGAUGUUUCUAACUGCGAGCCCUACAAAAAUCUCAAGCUGCGGUACAUCGACCUCUCUUCUAGAGCGAAUCAUCUUGAAUCUCUGAACGAAAUAAUCAAGCAGGAAAAAUGAUCUUGUGACGGAGCUUUCGAUUCGCAAGGCCAAGGAAGAGAGUCGGAUUUCUACAAUCAACGAAAUCAACGAACUUUCAGAGACUCGAGCGUCUCGGAUCAAGGUUCUCGAGAUGGAAGUUGAAAGUCUAAAGUCGCAGAUGGAAUCGAACGGCGUGGCCGCGUCUUCAUCUGCCUCGGCUGAGGACUCACCAGAGAAGUUACUCGCUCGGAUUGAGAAGCUCGAGAAGCAGAACCAGUUUCUGUCUGCCGAGCUACCAGAAAUGGAGGCGGCGUUCAAUAAGGCCCAUUCGCUCAGCAUAAAGAAGGUGACUGAUUUAGUGGAGCGGGAGGAGAAGAUUGCGCGAUUGGCAGCGGAGAAGACAAAGGCUGAUCAAAAGUACUUUGCGGCGAUGAGAUCGA